CUUGACACAAGUCAAGCAUUUUGUGAUCGCGUGUAUCGCGUGUUUACAGACGAAAUAGGACACCGUUAUAACUGAUGUAAACAUCUGUUAACAUAUAAGUAAGAUCCAACAGAAUGCUAUAAAUAUUCUGCUCUAAAGAUUUCGUGAAUCAAACGAAAAAAAUGAACUUGGAAACGAUUGUUUCCCAGGUUCGCUAUAUGAGGAGACGGUUCUGUUGCGACUUUUACAGAAUUUGCCGGCAGAGAAAUAUUAUGGCGUAUAUAGCUGCGGUGAUAAUAGUUAUCUUUCUUGCUCCUACAAAAUUUAAACUAAUUUCCAGUCUGACCUCUGUUUUAAAGCAAAGUGAAGUUAUCGGACAACUAGAAAUAAAUGUUACACACUGUAACACAAAUCGAGAGAUGACUGCAAAAAUAGUGCCAUCUUACAUAAAAACUAAAACUGGCCGAAUAUAUUUAUUUUCUGCCAUUAUUGCCCAUAUAGAAAACGAUCAGGCAUUAAAACAUAAUCAAACACAAAAUAUUACUGAAGCAUCUCCAACAGCUAUCGUCACUGGAUGGGAACAUAAAAGCGGAUCCUCUUAUGAUUUUAAAUGUUGCUUCAGAUUAAAGAAUGGCAUGUUCGUCUCCGUUCUAUCUUGGAAUAAAUCUCAUUGGGUUUAUUUUCUAGAAGACUUUAAUUUACAGGCAAAACAGUUCAAAUGCCCAAUUAACUUUGAUAUUAAAGAUAUUUCUUCGAUCACGAUCUUAGCUGAUAAGAAUGCAACUUGUCCAGAGGAAAACGUAUUCUAUAUCUCACCUACAAUCAUAAAACAUAGAAGUCCUAAAAAUAUUGUAUCAUAG